GCAUGCACCUACUGUUUGUUUAACAUCAAAUUUCUAGUAUAAGUACACUACUUGCCAUUGAAUUCAAGCAAAACAGUUGCUCUUUUCAUGGUGUUAAACGAGUGCCAGAAACUAUAAAUACCUAGCAAGGCCGUUAAUUGAAGUUUAGCAUAACAGUAAUUUAAGAACAAAAAUGGCAGCAGUCGAUGCGAUCCCGCCUGUUUUGAAUUCUAAAUCGGAACCUCCCCCAUUGUUUGAUGGAACCACAAGACUGUACAUUAAUUUGGCUUGCCCCUAUGCUCAGCGUGUUUGGGCUGCUAGAAACUACAAGGGUCUGACUGAUAUUCAGAUAGUUCCAAUAGACUUGCUGGACAGACCCACAUGGUACAAGGAAAAGGUUUACCCUCCUAACAAGGUCCCUUCUCUUGAGCAUGAUGGCAAAGUCACAGGAGAGAGUUUGGACUUGCUGACGUAUCUGGAGACCAAUUUUGGAGGGCCUAAACUCCUUCCUACGGAUACGGUGAAAAAGGAGGCUGCAGAAGAACUACUGAAGUAUACAGACACUUUUACAACAGCAGGGUUUUCAACAUUGAAAAAGCCACAAGCUGAGGUACCAGAAGCACUUGCGCCUACUCUUGAUCAUUUGGAAAAUGUUUUGGGGAAGUUUGAUGGUGGGCCUUUUUUUUUAGGAGAAUUCAGUUCGGUUGAUCUUGCAUAUGCUCCUUUUUUCGAAAGAUUUCAGAUUGUGUACCCCAUAUAUAAGAACUAUGACAUCACAAUUGGCAGGCCAAAACUACUGAAAUGGAUUCAGGAAGUGCAAAAGAUUGAUGCAUAUGCAAAAACAAUAGCUGACCCAGAAGAAGUAGCUGUACUAUACAAGAGAUUCACGGCUAAUUAGAUUGCUGGAGACAAAUGAAAAUGGAAAGAGAGUGAGACAAUGGCUUAAAAUUAUUGUAGUCGAUGCUGUAAGGAAGGAGGUCCUGUUGUUAGGGCGAAGAAAGCUUAAUUAUGAUACUAUGAUUUCUAUAAAUAAAGUGUUCCAUACACACUGGAAUCCUGGUACUGUUUAAAUUGUAGGAUGAAAUACUCUGAAUUAUAUUAACAGUGUUAUUUGGAUCUUCUCCACUA